ACUUUGUGAAUAAUUUUCAAUAGUUUUGUAUAAGAAAAUAACAUAAUUAAUUAUAUAUAAGUGUAAUCGAAUCACAUCUUAAUUUAAAAAUUGUAAUAAAGGCAAUUUAGGGAAGGUUUGACGUUAACCCUACGAUUGCAUUUCAUCGGGUGAUAGAGAUUAAUCUGACGGGUGCAAUUACGUCAUGGUAAACUUACCAAAUUCGUCACAGACCACUGAAAGUAGUCCACGUGUAGAUAUAUGAUUGCUUGCAUUCAGUCCAAAGCGGUCCUACCACCAGCUAUAACUGACGCGUUCACUUGGAAAGUGUGACAGACGGGUGAUUUUAGGCUAUAUUAAUUCCCGAACCUUCUUUAUUAAGAGCGAAGAAGAAAAAAUAGACUUUCAUUUUGGCAAUUGAUUGAUUUUGUUUUUGCUCCUCCGUCUACCGAUUUUUUCAUCCGUAUGAUUCUGAUUGAUUGAAAAUCAGAGGAUUAAUUCCUGAAGAUAAAUCUGGAAAACUCGUGUUCAAUCCUAGUUCCAUUUUGCGCUUCAAUUUUUUUGUUCGGAAUUCGGUUAAACCCUAAUCGAUCUUUGAUUGUCUGGUUGUUUUGCUUAUGGGCCGUGAUUCUACUACCUCUCUUGCUCCGGGGUUUCGAUUUCACCCUACCGACGAGGAAAUCGUGGGCUAUUACCUUAGGCGCAAGGUUUCUGGCAAACCCAUCCGUUUUGAUCCUAUCUCCGUCACUGAAAUAUAUAAGUCGGAGCCUUGGGACCUUCCUGGGAAGUCGAAGCUGAAGAGCAGAGACUUGGAGUGGUACUUUUUUAGCCCUUUGGAUAAGAAGUAUGGUAAUAGUUCGAGGACAAACAGAGCUACCGAGAAGGGGUACUGGAAGACGACUGGGAAGGACCGGCCGGUACGAUGUAACUCCCGAGUAGUUGGGAUGAAGAAGACUCUUGUUUACCACAGCGGGCGGGCACCUCGCGGGGCUCGUAGCAAUUGGGUGAUGCACGAAUACAGACUUACGGAUGAGGGCUUGGAGAAAGCUGGGGUCGUGCAGGAUGCUUUUGUGCUUUGUAGGGUAUUUCAAAAGAGCGGUCCAGGCCCUAAAAAUGGAGAACAAUAUGGAGCUCCAUUUGUCGAAGAGGAGUGGGAGGAGGAUGAAGAGUUAACUCUGCCUGGCGAGGAAAUUGUGGCCAAUAAAGGGUUAGUUGAUGAUAGUGAAGCUUUGCACUUAGAAGUGGAUGACAUUGCUCAGCAGUAUUUUGAUGGAGAACUGCCAUGUGAAUGUACUCAACUUCCGUCAAACUGUCCUCAAGAUGCUAGCAAUCAUGUUAUGUUACCCAAUGUGCUUGUUGAAAAUGAUAACAAACCAGAAACAUGUGCAAUUGAAACAGUUGAGCUACAGCAGAGCCACAAAUUCUUUCAACCAGAGCAAUACCAAAUGGGAGCGAAUUCUGAAAAGGACGAGGAUAUUGAUUACUUACUCAAUGAGCCUUACCCAAGCGUUCCUGAUGAUCUUGCCCUCAAUGAGGAACUAUUCCUAGAGGCGAAUGAUCUUUCAAAUCCAGCUGAGUCCGAUCCAACUGGUUUCGACCUUCUUGAAGAGUAUCUUACAUUCUUUGAUGCAGAUGAUAACUUACAUCUGGAUUUCGAACCAUCGGAUAUUUUGGGCAGUGAAGAACCUAUUUCUGGUCAAGCAAUUCCUGAAGAGGUCGAAAAAGAGUUCAUGGCUACCAAACAAGCGUCCGUUGCUUCCGUAAAUGAUGCAUCCACUUCAAAGCCAAACCUUGAGGCUAUUGAAACAGAUUCAAAAUCACCAUUCCUCAAACGUGCCAGUUACAUGUUGGGCAACAUCCCUGCUCCUCCAGCAUUUGCUUCAGAGUACCCAUCAAAGGAUAUGGCCAUUCGGCUAAACUCAUCAGCACACACUUCCAGUCCAGCUCAUGUGACUGCUCAAAUGAUCCGUGUAAGAAACUCGACACCAAGUGGCAAUCUGUCGAGUUCCUUAUAUGGUAAGAAUGCAGAUGUCGAGCUCAUCCUUUCUUUUGCCCGACAUAGACAUCAAGGUGAAAGCGAUGAUAUCGUCACCCAGUUGCCAAUAUUUGGUGCACAAUCUCAGAAGAACGGGAACAUGGGAUCACGAGCCUUCUUGUUCUUCUUUCUGCUUUUCUGGGUCCUAAUCCUUUCAGUGAGCUUUAAAGUUGGGAGUUACAUCUAUACCCAUUGAUACAGAAUCAAACAUUAGCUGUGGUAUUGAUUAAGGUUUGCUGCAAAUCUCCCUAUCAAGCAGCUCAGAACAGAAAUCUUGCAUAGUUUGUUACCACCACCGAAACGCUAUUUAAACCAAGGUGGAAUGGAACUUAUCGCCCGAACCUGCCCCGUUCUCUGGGGUUUGCCUUUUUUACUUCAUAUUCUUUUGUCUACAGAGCUGUUUUGGAGAAGGGAUCAUUCAUACUGCAUAUAUAUUCACAUGGAUUAUAUU